AUGGCCCCGGCUGCGCUGGCGCACCCCCUCGAGGCCCGCGCCGACGAUGCGUGGAACCCUCCCUCGGAGCUGGUCACGCCGCUCAAGCAGACCUGGGACUGGGAGAUGAAGUCGUACAGCGACCCGCUCGGCUUCAAGAACUACGGCUUCGACCAGGUCUUCGCCACCGACGGCAAGAUCAACUACUGCGUCCGCUGGGAGUCGGACAAGACCAUCUCGGCUGACGACCGCACCAACAUCGAGACGGCCCUCCGCCGCAGCAUGAACAAGUGGAUCGCCAAGCUCAAGGGCUGGAACGGCUGGCCCUACGACACCCUCGACAUCAACGUCGUCGGCUACGCUGUCAAGGACAAGAGCCUGCUCCAGGGUGACACCUCGGGUCUGCAGAUCUACACCGACACCGACACCGACGGCAUCCCCCAGUGCUCCGAGGACUGCGGCCGCUUCUUCCACACCGACGGCGACUACUCGUCUUGCCCGGCCGGCGCCGACAGGCACUACGACCAGAGCCUGUGGCUCACCGAGGGCAUGGGCAUGGGCGGUGCCGGUGGUGACUGGGGUCAGCGCGUCGACCGCCAGUACUUUAUGGAUGCCGUCAAGGACGAGGACAUCCACAUCAUCCUGCACGAGAUGGGCCACACCUUCGCCCUCUCCGACUUCUACGACUUCAUGCCCGACGGCGUCACCGAGUUCGUCAUGAACGCCGGCAGCUCCAUGAAGAUCACCGAGUUCGACGGAUGGAUGCUCCGUGACUGGUGGCGCAACCUCAAGUCGCGCUACAACCUGUAA